CCAACAUAAAGAUUAGAAGUUCCUAUUCUUUCUCUUUUCUUGUUUUGGGUUGACGUAAAAGGAUUGCUUUUGAACCAUGGCAAAGUCAAAGAAUCAUACAAAUCAUAAUCAGAAUCGCAAGGCUCAUCGUAAUGGAAUCAAGAAGCCAAAACGUUUCCGACAUGAAUCCACUUUGGGGAUGGAUUCCAAAUUUUUAAAGAAUCAGAGGUUCUCGAAGAGGCACAACUUGAGCACGAAACAGCAAAUAAAACGUGCUGCUGAAAGGAAAGCCGAGCGAACAGCUAAAGCUAAGAAGUAGAUGUAAUUCUUUUAGAAAAUAAAUCCAUUUUUUAAGUUAA